AAAUUAUAAUUCUGCAAUCUGUAACUCAACUCACUUCUUAUCUCAUUUUCGCGUAAAUAGGAUAUGGAUUAUUUUCAAAUCCAAUACAAGAUUCUGGGACAACUUUUUGAAAAUGCCAGAGACAACGCCAGUGAAAUUGUCAGAAUCUACUUUACCAUGAUCGGGCAUAAAGAUUUCCAGAGCUCGAACUUAAUUUAUCUCAAUCAGAAAGCCGUUCUUCUCCUGUCAACUGAAGUGGUCGACGUCUUGAAAAAUAAUCGACUCGAUGCCUUCAGCUAUUUGCUAGUGGCUAAUAAUUUACUGGACUUGGAAGACGUCAAAGAGGAUUUACUCAACGGAGAUGUCCUGGUGAAAGCGAAAGCGACUCCUUCCAACAGCAUAAGGAGGUUGAAAGCAGAGCUAGGUCUGGCGACAUCUCCGAUGGAUCAAAUAGCCGCAGUACCAGACACUCCAAAACCAAUCAGUCAGCAGCAACAAGUACCGGAGAAUGCGUCAGUCGCUCCUACAGUGCCAGAUGAAACAUCACAUCCAAUCAAUCAGCAACAACAACCAAAAGAGGAUGCGACAGCCACCGAUCCCCGUGAAAAUAUUCAGUGCCAAUCAAAAGCAGCCGAAGGUAUCAACAGAUUACCAUUCGAAAUACAAAAUGAAUGUACCGGAUCCACAGAUGUCGAAGGUGUGACUUUGUACAAGUUAAAAUUGACCCAGGUACCCACUUACACCGAGUCAUCUUCCAUGGUCAAGCGAUUCUCUUUCGGCGAACCCAUUUUGCCGGAGAGAACACGCAAAACAAUUUUGUUGAUGGGCGCCACUGGAUCGGGAAAGACGACCAUGAUUAAUGCCAUGAUCAAUUACAUAUUGGGGGUUGAAUGGGACGACCCUUUCCGUUUUAUUCUCGUCGAUGAGGAACUCAGAGGAGCAUCGCAAGCCAAUAGCCAAACGCAAGGAGUCACAGCCUACGAUCUCCACUACCGAUCUGGAUUCCGCAUUCCGUUUUCGCUCACAAUUGUCGAUACGCCAGGAUUUGGAGACACUGGCGGGAUGGACCGUGACAAGGAAAUCACUUCAGCCAUACAGGAAUUUUUUAAGCAUCAAAAUGGAAUUCAGGAAUUGGAUGCCGUUGGAUUCGUUGUCCAAUCCUCACUCGUCCGUCUAACAGCUUCGCAAAAAUACAUUUUCAACUCGGUAUUGUCCAUUUUUGGCAAAGACAUUGAAGAAAACAUCCGUUUUCUCGUCACCUUCUCCGACGGAAGGCAACCGCUUGUCUUGGAUGCCAUCAAAGAGGCAGAACUCCCUUGCCGGAUGGACUCGAAAGGAUUGCCCAGCCACCAGAAAUUCAACAACGGCGCCGUUUUUAUUAGUCAAUCGGAUGAGGACGACAUGUCGCCUGUUGAAUGGAAGAACGCAAUGAAGAAUUUCAAGCUCUUCUUUGAAGAAAUAAACGAGAUGCCAACCAAAUCUCUGCAGAUGACUAACCAAGUAUUGGAGGACAGAGAACAACUGGAAAUUUAUCUGGAUUUCAUGCUUGGCGGCAUCGAGAAACAGCUGAUGAAGAUGGACGAGUUGCGCAAGACCAAAGAUCUCGUCGCAAUCAAUAGAGAAAAAAUCCAAGCCAACCAGAACUUUGAGAUGAGCGUUCCAGUUUCUAAAAAGGUGAAAAUGCCCACCGCUGAUUUAGCCAUGAACUGCACAAAAUGUGAAACGACCUGCCACUAUCCCUGCGAACCGAGUUUGUUGACGGGGUUUUGCUCAGCAUUUUGGAAACCAGAGGGAAUUAGAUUCCAGAAUGACUUCAUAGUCCUUGCCAACACAUUACUGAACGCCGCCAAAAAUUUAGCAACUCCCAAAUGUAAGAUAUGCCCCGGACGAUGUUCGGACGGCUUGCACCAAAACGAACAUUUUAAAUGGACCUUUAUCCAGGUGGAGGAAAUGCGGAUGUUUCACGAUAUUCGCAACAAUUACGAAGACGCAAUGAAGAAAAAGAUGGACGCAGAAAUGUUGGUGAAGGCAGUCGAAACGGAAGUUGAAAAACUGAAAGAAGAAACCAUCAAGAAUAUGAAUGGCAUAACUUACUUGCACAACAAAUUGAAGGCGAUUGCACUUCACGGUAAUCCGCUCUCUACUUUUGAGUAUAUCCAGAUGAUGGUCGACAACGCAGAGAGAGACCAAAAACCUGGAUGCAGGGAAAAAAUUGAGAAUUUAAAAGAACUGUUGGAAUUGGCUAAAAACAACGGCAACAACAUAGAUGAUGACGAGAAAUUCAUUAAGCAAUUUACUUCCUUGAACUCGUCAUCUUAAUCAUCCACAAUCUAGACUGGAAUUAUUCUAUCAAUCGCUGAUUUUCUUCACAUAUAUUUCGAUUUAAAUCGUGUCACAAUGAUUCCUUUUUAAAAUAUUGUAACAUUAAGCAAAAGCGAACGAAACAAAACAAUUGAACUACUUAA